AUGGAGCAAACAGUGCUUGUACCACCAGGACCUGACAGCUUCAACUUCUUCACCAGAGAAUCUCUUGCGGCUAUUGAAAGACGCAUUGCAGAAGAAAAGGCUAAGAAUCCCAAACCAGAUAAAAAAGAUGAUGACGAAAAUGGCCCAAAGCCAAAUAGUGACUUGGAAGCUGGAAAGAACCUUCCAUUUAUUUAUGGCGACAUUCCUCCAGAGAUGGUGUCAGAGCCCCUGGAGGACCUGGACCCAUUCUAUAUCAAUAAGAAAACUUUUAUAGUAUUGAAUAAAGGGAAGGCCAUCUUCCGCUUCAGUGCCACCUCUGCCCUGUACAUUUUAACUCCCUUCAACCCUCUUAGGAAAAUAGCUAUUAAGAUUUUGGUACAUUCAUUAUUCAGCAUGUUAAUUAUGUGCACUAUUUUGACAAACUGUGUAUUUAUGACAAUGAGUAACCCUCCAGAUUGGACAAAGAAUGUAGAGUACACCUUCACGGGUAUAUAUACUUUUGAAUCCCUUAUAAAAAUUAUUGCAAGGGGCUUCUGUUUAGAAGAUUUUACUUUCCUUCGAGAUCCCUGGAAUUGGCUUGACUUCACUGUCAUUACAUUUGCAUAUGUGACAGAGUUUGUGGACCUGGGUAAUGUCUCAGCAUUGAGAACAUUCAGAGUUCUUCGAGCACUGAAAACGAUUUCAGUCAUUCCAGGCCUGAAGACCAUUGUGGGGGCCCUCAUCCAGUCGGUGAAGAAGCUCUCCGACGUCAUGAUCCUCACUGUGUUCUGUCUGAGCGUGUUUGCUCUCAUUGGGCUGCAGCUCUUCAUGGGCAACCUGAGAAAUAAAUGUGUACAAUGGCCUCCCACCAAUGCUUCUCUGGAGGAGCAUAGUAUAGAGAGGAAUGUUACUGUCAAUUACAAUGGCACACUUAUCAAUGAAACUUACUUUGAGUUUGACUGGAAGUCAUAUAUUCAAGAUACAAGGUAUCAUUAUUUCCUAGAGGGUUUUAUAGAUGCACUACUCUGUGGAAACAGUUCUGAUGCAGGCCAAUGUCCAGAAGGAUACAUGUGUGUAAAAGCUGGUAGAAACCCUAAUUAUGGUUACACAAGCUUUGAUACCUUCAGUUGGGCAUUUUUAUCCCUAUUUCGACUGAUGACUCAGGACUUCUGGGAAAAUCUUUACCAACUGACAUUACGCGCUGCUGGGAAAACAUACAUGAUAUUUUUCGUGCUAGUCAUUUUCUUGGGCUCAUUCUACCUUAUAAAUUUGAUUCUGGCUGUGGUAGCUAUGGCCUAUGAGGAGCAGAACCAAGCCACCUUGGAAGAGGCAGAACAAAAAGAGGCAGAAUUUCAGCAGAUGCUUGAACAGCUUAAAAAGCAGCAAGAAGCGGCACAGCAGGCAGCAGCUGCAACUGCCUCCGAACAUUCCAGAGAGCCCAGUGCAGCAGGAAGGCUCUCAGAUAGCUCCUCAGAAGCCUCCAAGUUGAGUUCUAAGAGUGCUAAGGAAAGGAGAAAUCGGAGGAAGAAAAGAAAACAGAAAGAGCAGUCUGGCGGGGAAGAGAAGGAUGAGGAUGAAUUCCAUAAAUCGGAAUCUGAGGACAGCAUCAGGAGGAAAGGGUUUCGCUUCUCCAUUGAAGGAAACCGACUGACGUAUGAAAAGAGAUACUCUUCCCCACACCAGUCUCUGCUGAGUAUCCGUGGCUCCCUAUUUUCUCCAAGGCGAAACAGCAGGACGAGCCUUUUCAGCUUUAGAGGGAGAGCAAAGGACGUGGGAUCUGAGAAUGAUUUUGCUGAUGAUGAGCACAGUACUUUUGAAGAUAAUGAGAGCCGGAGAGAUUCCUUGUUUGUGCCCCGACGACACGGAGAGCGACGCAACAGUAACCUAAGUCAGACCAGCAGAUCUUCCCGGAUGCUGGCCGCGUUCCCUGCAAACGGGAAGAUGCACAGCACGGUGGAUUGCAAUGGCGUGGUUUCCUUGGUUGGUGGACCUUCAGUUCCUACAUCGCCUGUUGGACAGCUUCUGCCAGAGGUGAUAAUAGAUAAGCCAGCUACUGAUGACAAUGGAACAACUACUGAAACUGAAAUGAGAAAGCGAAGGUCAAGUUCUUUCCAUGUGUCCAUGGACUUUCUAGAAGAUCCUUCCCAGAGGCAAAGAGCAAUGAGUAUAGCCAGCAUCCUCACAAACACAGUCGAAGAACUUGAAGAAUCUAGGCAGAAAUGUCCACCCUGUUGGUAUAAAUUUUCCAAUAUAUUCUUAAUCUGGGACUGUUCUCCAUAUUGGUUAAAAGUGAAGCAUAUCGUCAACCUGGUUGUGAUGGAUCCAUUUGUAGACCUGGCCAUCACCAUCUGCAUUGUUUUAAAUACACUCUUCAUGGCCAUGGAGCACUACCCAAUGACGGAACAUUUCAAUAAUGUGCUUGCAGUAGGAAACUUGGUCUUUACCGGGAUCUUCACAGCAGAAAUGUUCCUGAAAAUUAUUGCCAUGGAUCCUUACUAUUAUUUCCAAGAAGGCUGGAACAUCUUUGAUGGUUUCAUUGUGACGCUUAGCCUGGUAGAACUUGGCCUUGCCAAUGUGGAAGGAUUAUCAGUUCUCCGUUCUUUCCGAUUGCUCCGAGUUUUCAAGUUGGCAAAAUCUUGGCCAACAUUAAACAUGCUAAUAAAGAUCAUCGGCAACUCCGUGGGGGCGCUGGGAAACCUCACCUUGGUGUUGGCCAUCAUCGUCUUCAUCUUUGCUGUGGUCGGCAUGCAGCUCUUUGGUAAGAGCUACAAAGAUUGUGUCUGCAAGAUUUCCAAUGAUUGUAAACUCCCUCGCUGGCACAUGAACGACUUCUUCCACUCCUUCCUCAUCGUGUUCCGCGUGCUGUGUGGAGAGUGGAUAGAAACCAUGUGGGACUGCAUGGAGGUGGCUGGCCAAGCCAUGUGCCUUACCGUCUUCAUGAUGGUCAUGGUGAUUGGAAACCUCGUGGUUCUGAACCUGUUUCUGGCCUUGCUUUUGAGUUCAUUUAGUGCAGACAACCUUGCAGCAACUGAUGAUGACAACGAGAUGAAUAAUCUUCAAAUUGCUGUGGACAGGAUGCACAAGGGAAUAGCUUAUGUAAAAAGGAAAAUAUAUGAGUUUAUUCAACAGUCUUUUGUCAGGAAACAAAAAAUUUUAGAUGAAAUUAAACCACUUGAUGAUCUAAACAACAAAAAAGACAAUUGCAUGUCCAAUCAUACAACAGAAAUUGGAAAAGAUCUUGACUACCUGAAGGAUGUGAAUGGAACCACAAGUGGCAUAGGAACUGGCAGCAGUGUUGAAAAAUACAUUAUUGAUGAAAGUGAUUACAUGUCCUUCAUAAAUAAUCCCAGCCUCACUGUGACCGUACCAAUUGCUGUAGGAGAGUCCGAUUUUGAAAAUUUAAACACAGAAGACUUUAGUAGUGAAUCAGAUCUAGAAGAAAGCAAAGAGAAGCUGAAUGAAAGCAGUAGUUCAUCGGAAGGCAGCACUGUGGACAUCGGGGCACCUGCAGAAGAGCAGCCUGUAGUGGAACCUGAAGAAACCCUGGAACCAGAAGCCUGUUUCACUGAAGGUUGUGUCCGAAGAUUCAAGUGUUGUCAAAUCAGUGUGGAAGAAGGCAGAGGUAAACAGUGGUGGAACCUCCGAAGAACAUGCUUCCGAAUUGUGGAACAUAACUGGUUUGAGACCUUCAUUGUUUUCAUGAUUCUCCUCAGUAGUGGUGCACUGGCAUUUGAAGACAUAUACAUAGACCAACGGAAGACAAUUAAGACUAUGUUGGAAUAUGCUGACAAGGUGUUCACUUACAUCUUCAUUCUGGAAAUGCUUCUCAAAUGGGUCGCGUAUGGUUAUCAAACAUAUUUCACCAAUGCUUGGUGUUGGCUGGACUUCUUAAUUGUUGAUGUUUCAUUGGUCAGCUUAACUGCAAAUGCAUUGGGCUACUCAGAACUUGGUGCCAUCAAAUCGCUCAGGACACUAAGAGCUCUGAGACCACUGAGAGCCUUAUCGCGGUUUGAAGGAAUGAGGGUGGUUGUGAAUGCCCUUUUAGGAGCAAUUCCAUCCAUCAUGAAUGUGCUUCUGGUUUGUCUUAUAUUCUGGCUAAUUUUCAGCAUCAUGGGCGUAAAUUUGUUUGCUGGCAAAUUCUACCACUGUAUUAAUACAACCACUGGUGACAUGUUUGAAAUCAGCGAAGUGAAUAAUCAUUCUGAUUGCCUAAAACUAAUAGAAAGAAAUGAAACUGCCCGGUGGAAAAAUGUGAAAGUAAACUUUGAUAAUGUAGGAUUUGGGUAUCUCUCUUUGCUGCAAGUUGCCACAUUUAAGGGAUGGAUGGAUAUAAUGUAUGCAGCAGUGGAUUCCAGGAAUGUGGAACUCCAGCCUAAGUAUGAGGAAAGUCUUUACAUGUAUCUUUACUUUGUUAUUUUCAUCAUCUUUGGGUCUUUCUUCACCUUGAACCUGUUUAUUGGGGUCAUCAUAGAUAAUUUCAACCAGCAAAAGAAGAAGUUUGGAGGUCAAGAUAUCUUUAUGACAGAAGAACAGAAGAAAUAUUAUAAUGCAAUGAAAAAAUUAGGAUCGAAAAAGCCACAAAAGCCUAUACCUCGACCAGGAAACAAAUUUCAAGGAAUGGUUUUUGACUUUGUAACCAGACAAGUGUUUGACAUAAGCAUCAUGAUCCUCAUCUGUCUAAACAUGGUCACAAUGAUGGUGGAGACAGAUGACCAGAGUGAAUAUGUGACCAGCAUUCUGUCACGCAUCAAUCUGGUGUUCAUUGUGCUGUUCACUGGAGAGUGUGUGCUGAAGCUUAUCUCCCUCCGGCAUUAUUAUUUCACCAUUGGGUGGAAUAUUUUUGAUUUUGUGGUUGUCAUUCUCUCCAUUGUAGGUAUGUUUCUAGCUGAGUUGAUAGAAAAAUACUUCGUGUCCCCCACCCUGUUCCGAGUGAUCCGCCUUGCCCGGAUUGGCCGAAUCCUUCGUCUCAUCAAAGGGGCCAAGGGGAUCCGCACGCUGCUCUUCGCUCUGAUGAUGUCCCUUCCUGCCUUGUUCAACAUCGGCCUCCUGCUCUUCCUUGUCAUGUUCAUCUACGCCAUCUUCGGGAUGUCCAACUUCGCCUACGUGAAAAGGGAAGUUGGAAUCGAUGACAUGUUCAACUUUGAGACGUUUGGCAACAGCAUGAUUUGCCUGUUCCAAAUUACCACGUCUGCGGGCUGGGAUGGGUUGCUAGCCCCGAUUCUUAACAGUGGACCCCCAGACUGUGACCCUGGUAAAAUUAACCCAGGAAGCUCAGUGAAGGGAGACUGCGGGAACCCAUCCGUUGGGAUUUUCUUUUUUGUCAGCUACAUCAUCAUCUCCUUCCUGGUGGUGGUGAACAUGUACAUCGCUGUCAUCCUGGAGAACUUCAGCGUGGCCACAGAAGAAAGCGCAGAGCCCCUGAGCGAGGAUGACUUUGAGAUGUUCUAUGAAGUUUGGGAGAAGUUUGAUCCCGAUGCAACUCAGUUCAUGGAAUUUGAAAAACUAUCCCAGUUUGCAGCCGCUCUUGAACCACCUCUCAAUCUGCCACAACCAAAUAAACUCCAACUCAUUGCUAUGGAUUUGCCCAUGGUGAGUGGAGACCGGAUCCACUGUCUGGAUAUCUUAUUUGCAUUUACAAAGCGCGUUCUGGGGGAGAGUGGAGAGAUGGACGCCCUUCGAAUACAGAUGGAAGAGAGGUUCAUGGCUUCCAAUCCUUCCAAGGUCUCCUAUCAGCCAAUCACUACUACUUUAAAACGAAAACAAGAGGAAGUGUCUGCUGUCAUUAUUCAGCGCGCUUACAGGCGUCACCUCUUGAAACGAACUGUAAAACAAGCUUCCUUUACCUAUAACAAGAACAAACUCAAAGGAGGAGCAAAUCUUCUUGUUAAAGAAGACCUGAUAAUUGACAGAAUAAAUGAAAACUCUAUGACAGAAAAAACUGAUCUGACCAUGUCCACUGCGGCCUGUCCACCCUCCUAUGAUCGGGUGACAAAGCCAAUUGUAGAAAAACAUGAGCAAGAAGGGAAAGAUGAGAAAGCCAAAGGGAAAUAAACAACACUAACUAGAAAAAAAAAUUAGAUGACAAAUUGUUUACAGCCUGUGAAGGUGAUGUAUUUUUGUCAACAGGACUCCUCUUGGAGGUCAAUGCCAAACUGACUGUUUUUACACAAAUCUACUUUAAGGUCAGUGCCUACAAUAAGACAGUGACUCCUUGUCGGCAAACUGUGUAUGACUCUGUAUAAAAGGGAGAUGGCCUGGACAGGAGGUUACUGUUCACACUACCAGCUGAUACUGCUGAAGACAAGAACCAACUGGCUACUCAGACUGUAGGAACCAGUUUAAAAGGAAGCAAACCUAUCAUCGAGGGUUGUUCAAUAUGAAACACUUUAGUGUCAUAAUUGUAUCCACUGUUUGCAUUUCAACUGCCACAUUUGUCACAUUUUUACAAACUCUGUUAGGGGAUUCAUCUUUUUUUUUAAUCCAUAUGUUGUUUGUUACAUGUAACUAUUUUUGUAAACAGGGUUUCUGUUGGGAACUAGGGUAAAGGUCCCCCUUUACGAGUGUGAAA